AUGAUGUACCACGCAGAGAGCUUCGCGAGUAAUAAGUUUCUGACGUAUCUUGUGGGCUACGGAGGCUCGCAACCUAUUCCCUCUCUCCUUGCUGCACCCAAUGUCUCCAUCAUUCACCUCACGGAUCCUCCACAAUCCCUCCGCAAGCUCCCUUUCCUCAUUGGAGGACCUCUGAAAGUUCUCCGUCAGAUCCUGGAAAUAGUCUACACGCUUGCCGUCCAUGUCCCCGAUCCUCCAGAAUUUAUACUCGUACAGAACCCCCCCAGUAUUCCUACGCUGGCCAUCGUAUGGCUCGUCUCGAAAAUGCGUGGAUGCAAGGUCAUUAUUGACUGGCAUAACCUUGGUUUUAGCAUCCUCGCGCUGAGACUAGGCAACGAACACCCCUUUGUCACAAUUGCAAAGUGGUUUGAAUCCUACUUUGGACGGUCGGCAUACGCCCACCUCUUCGUAACUACAGCCAUGCACGAUUAUCUCGUCAGGGAGUGGGAUCUUCAAGGACUGAAAGUAGUUCUGCAUGAUCGCCCCCCCUCCCGCUUCCACCGUGCCGACCCGUCCGAAACUCACGAGCUCUUCCAACGUCUCUCACCCGUCCUGACUGACCCCUUGUCAGGCUUAACGUCCUUCCUACCAAACACCAGCCCCCCAUAUUCCACCCCGUUCACACACAUCCCGCCAACGUCGCUCUCUAGUUCCGGAGCAGCCUGCCUCGAGCUAGGCCCAUACGUCGACGACAUCGCCAUGCCCUCUCUGCGCCCGGAUAGGCCGGCACUCAUCGUGUCGAGUACGUCGUGGACACCUGACGAAGACUUUGGGAUGCUCUUGGCGGCACUGAAGGAGUAUGACAGGCGUGCGAGGACAAGUGAGGAGAAGGGAGAAGGGGUGGGCCUGCCGAAAGUCCUCGCUAUCGUGACGGGCAAAGGGCCCCUCAAAGAGAAGUACAUGCAGGAGGUGCAGCGGCUUCAGGCAGGCCAUGGAGGCGGAGAGGAUGGUGAAACGGGGCCGUGGAGGUUCGUGAGGUGUGUGAGUUUGUGGCUCGAGGCGGAUGACUAUCCGCUGCUUCUUGGAUCCGCCGACAUCGGCAUAUCGCUGCACUCGAGUUCGUCUGCGCUCGACUUGCCGAUGAAGGUAGUAGACAUGUUCGGCUGCGGGCUCCCUGUAUGCGCGCUCGGCUUCGACUGCCUGGAUGAGCUCGUAAAGGACGGCGUCAACGGGCUCGUCUUUCACAACGCAGAGCAGCUUGCGGCCCAAAUCGAGAGCCUACUCCGUGGAUUCCCCUCAGCGCCAGCGCUCGCGGCCCUCCGUGCAUCGUUCGAUCGCGGAACGUCGGCGGCGGCGUCGAGAGGGAGAGGGCGAGAGGUCAGGGCGGAGGAAUGGCAGUGGGGGACGUGGGCCGAGAAUUGGGAUCAUGUGAUGCGGCCGGUGUUGCUGACGGACGUCGCGUCCGAGGCGCAAUUGUAG